AAGUGAACACAAUAGCCUAAAUAUUUGACAAAAAACCAUUGGAAGUAAUAAAGGCGAGUAGGCGACAAGUUUGUACUUUUAUUUUCUUCUAAUUUCUUCCACAAGAACAAGAAAAAUGGCAAACUCUAAGCUCUUUGCUACCAAGAACAAAAUGAUCAAGCUCAAAUUGGUCAUGGAGAAGCUACAAAGGAGCUUCUCACUAGGCAAGAGACUAUCGAUGUCCGACAUCGAUGAGCUCCAAGAUCAACAUGAUGAUCAUGAGGAGCCGUGUUAUGCAGACUCCGGCUCGGUACCGGAGGAUGUGAAGGAAGGGCAUUUUGCUGUAGUGGCGGUUGAUGGAGGGGCGGAGAAGCGGUUUGUAGUGCCAAUUAGGUACUUAACACAUCCCACGUUUGUUGCAUUGUUAGAGAAAGCAGCUGAAGAGUAUGGAUUUGAUCAUGGUGGUGCACUUACCAUACCUUGUAGGCCAAGUGAGAUUGAGAGGAUUUUGGCGGAAAGAUGGAACGGGCGUAGACGGUCAGCAGGCUUUAGAAGAAGUGAUAUUAUUAGGAUGAAUUCCAACUUCAUGCUUCAGAGUUGUUAAUUUUUUGACAAAGAGUUGUUAAAUUAAUUAAUCAGAUAGAUUGCAUGUAACGCUUCUUAAUAUAUACUUAUAUGUUUAUAACCUUAUUUUUUUUGUAACAUAAGAGUAAUUUGAAGAGUGGCAAUAACACUCCUCAUCUUCCACACCUUAGGUGCAAAGGUUUUAUUACUAUGUACAACUACUUAUCCAA